GCUCCGUACCAGAACAUGAAGAGGCAGUUUUCGAUCGAAGGAUCAACAACGAAAGUUCGACUACUGGAACCUGAGUGUGAGAGGAGCGAAGUACUCGAGUAUUCAGAAAUCGAAGCGGAAGCCUGAGCUUAACUGCGAAUCAGAGAUGGGCUUGCAAUGGAUGAUAAUCGCUUACGUAGUUGCAGCUGAGGCGGCAGUAGCGGUGCUUUUGACUCUUCCUUCGCCGAAGCUCUUGAAGAGACGAUUGGUCUCCCUGGUCUCUAUGAUACUCCAGCCUGCGCUGUUUAUAAUUCCUUUUGCGGGGUUCCAGUUAUUAGAUAUAUACUGGAAGAAUGAGCACCGCCUGAUGUGCACCUCAGAUGUCUGCACUGCUGCUGAGAGAGAUCGAUACGAGAAGGCUAUCUACAAAGCUCAAAGGAAUGUUGUUCUGUGUGCUUCAGCAUGCUUUCUCUACUGGUGUAUCUUUCGGAUUUGCAAAUAUUACAAAGACCUUGAAAGUUUGGAGGAAAUAGAGAAGAGGUACAAAGAGGAAUAGAUACUGUCACAAUGGCUUCUUUGAAUUUGAUGUAGAUGAUUGAGUUGAACUAUGAUUUACAUUGCAUCAAAAAUUAAUAUUAUGUUGUUGUGUAGUAUGUUUUUGAGUCAUAUUUUUGCAAGCGCCUUGGCGAUUAGUCUUUAAGGUACUUUUUUCAAUAAUCCUUGAGGUACUUGUCGGAUGAUUUCUCGAACUUCAUUUUGUUGGUGACUUAUGGAGCUACAGCAUGAAUACGAGUAGUUAGAAAGUGAUUUAGUUAA